CUUGCGCAAUUUCCUGCAGACCCCGGAAGCGGUUACCGCGGAGCGAAGGUCGCCCUACGGGAUCACAGAUCUGAGGACUUAAGCCCAGAAGACAGCCUCUCAGAUGGCUCUGAGGGACCGCUCCCAAGAGGGUCGACUUGAAAGACUCAUAUUGCCUGAGGAAGAAGCCCUGAAGAGGAGGAAGAGGAAAGGAGGAGUCUGGAAUGGCUCUUUCUCAGACACAGUUGACAUUCAAGGAUGUGGCCAUAGAAUUCUCUCAGGAGGAGUGGGAAUGCCUGGACCCUGCUCAGAGGGCCUUGUACAGGGACGUGAUGUUGGAGACCUACGGGAACCUGCUCUCCCUGGAUACCUCUCUUAAAUGUGUGAUCAAGGAAUCCGCACCAAAAGAGAACAGUCAUACAGGGGAAGUGUUGCAAACAGUGUUGUUGGAAAGACAUGAAAGCUGUGAGACUGAGGACUAUGGCUAUAGGGAAAUCCAGAAAAAUGAGCGUGACUUUGAGUACCAGUGGAGAAGUGACAAAAGAAAUUACAGAGGAGUGCCUGUCACCCAUAAAAAAAAUCUCACUGGUAGAAGAGAUCAACAUGGUAGAAGAGAUGAAGGAGACAAGCCUAUUGAAAACAGGCUCGGACUAAGCUUUCAGUCACAUCUGGCCGAACUGCAGAUAUUUCCAACUGAAGGGCCAUUGUAUGAGUAUCAUCAAGUUGAGAAGUCUAACAACAGUGGUUCCUCACUGUCAGUACUUCAGAGAAUUCUUCCGAGUGUCCAAACCAACAUUUUUAAUGAAUAUGGGAAUGAUUUCUGGCAUUCUUCAUUACUCACAGAAGACCAGAAAGCAUACAUUAGGGAAAAACCUUACAAAUGUGAUGAGUAUGACAAAGCAGUUAAUCAUGGCUCACAACUCACUAACCAUCAGGUAAUCCACACAGGUGUGAAACCUUACAAAUGUAAUGUAUGUGGCAAAGCCUUUAACCAGAGCUCACAUCUCACUAGACAUCAAAGAAUCCACACAAGAGGGAAACAUCACAAGUGUGAGGAAUGUGGUAAGGGCUUCAGUUACAGUUCACACCUUCUACGUCAUCGCAGAAUUCAUACCGGAGAGAAACCCUACCAGUGUAGCGAGUGUGACAAAGCCUUUAGUGUGUAUUCAAGUCUUAUUUAUCAUCAGGUCGUCCAUACUAGAGAGAAACCGUACAAAUGUAAUGAGUGUGGCAAGGUCUUCAGUCAGAGUUCAAGCCUUACUAAUCAUCGCAGAAUUCAUACUGGAGAGAAACCUUACAAAUGUAAUAAAUGUGGCAAAGCCUUUAAUCAGAGCUCCCACCUCACUCGACAUCAGGUCAUGCACACUGGAGAGAAACCCUACAAAUGUAGUGAGUGUGGGAAGGUCUUCACUCAGAAUUCAAGCCUCGUAAGUCAUCGGAGAAUUCAUACUGGGGAGAAGCCAUACAAAUGCAACGAGUGUGGCAAAGCAUUUGGUGUGUAUUCAAGUCUUACUUAUCAUCAGGUCACCCAUACUAGAGAGAAACCUUACAAAUGUAAUGAGUGUGGCAAGGUCUUCAGUCAGAGUUCAAGCCUUCCUAGUCAUCGCCGGAUUCAUACCGGAGAGAAACCUUACAAAUGUAAUCAGUGCGGCAAAUCCUUUAUUCAUUGCUCAAACUUCAACAGACAUAAGAAAAUCCACACUGGAGAGAAACCUUACCAAUGCAGUGAGUGUGGCAAGGUCUUCACUCAAAACUCAAGCCUCAUAAGUCAUCGGAGAAUUCAUGCUAGAGAGUAACCUGACCGAUGUAACGAGUGUGGCAAAAUAACACAAGUUCAAGCAUGGAUUGACACCAGAGAGUCCACACUAAAGAGAAAUUACAUCAGUGUAACAUAUAGGACAGAGGACUUGUACAGACUUCGCAACUCACUAGACAUCAGAAUAUACAUCUUUGAUGAAGCCACAAGAAUGUAAUGUGUGUAUAAAGGCUCUUAUCUGUAGAUCAAAACUACAGAACAUCACAAGAUUCCUACUGGAGAGCAGCUUUACAAAUGUAAUGAACGUGGGAAGGCUUUUUAUUAAACAUUCAUGGCUUUGAUGUCAUGAGAGGAUUUAUACCUGAGAGAAACCAGGGAAAUUUUUUUUUUUUUUUUUUUAGGUACGCGGGCCUCUCACUGCUGUGGCCUCUCCCGUUGCGGAGCACAGGCUCCGGACGCGCAGGCCCAGCGGCCAUGGCUCACGGGCCCAGCCACUCCGCAGCAUGUGGGAUCUUCCCGGACCGGGGCAUGAACCCAUGUCCCCCGCGUCGGCAGGCGGACUCUCAACCACUGCGCCACCAGGGAGGCCCAGGGAAAUUUACUGAAUGUGGAAAGCCUUUAAGCAACAGUGUCCCCUCAGGAUUCACCAAAGAAUUCAUAAUGGAAAGAAGCCUUACAAAAGUAAUGAAUAUUUAAAAUUUCUUCAAGACUUUUUGCAACAGAAUCCACAUCAGAGCAUUCACAUGAGGAAUAACUAAGUCUCAAGUUUAGUCUGAAAUAUUGCAUACUGCAGAAUAAAAUUAAAAGUCAAAAUAUGUUAAAACUUAGGUAGAUAUAUAGCUGGAUCCUGAGGAUGUUAUCCUAUGGUUUCUUUUCUGAAUCUCUUACAGUUUAAAGUAGUAUGGUUUUACAUUUCACGUGUAAAGCUAUGACUGAUUUUGAGCUAAUAUUUGUACAGGUGUGAGGUUUUGGUGGAGAUUCUUUCAUUUUUUUUCCUAGUGUGGAAGAUCAGUUGAUAUGGUGUAAUUUUUUUCAGAUUCUUGCUUCAUUCAGGUUUCUUGGUACCUUUGUCAAAACUCAGUUGCAAGUAAUUGUGUGGGGCUAUUUCUGGGUUCUCUGUUUUGUUCCAUCGUUCUGUAUGUCUCACUCCACAAAAUCAGUCUUGAUUACUUUUUAUCUUAUUAGAAGUUUUGAAUUGAAUGAGUGAUUCCAACCAGUUUAUUCUUCUUCAGAUAUUUUAGCUAUUCUAGUUCCUUUUGCCUUUCCAUAUAAGUUUUAGAAAAAUCUUGUUUGUGUCUACAAAAUAUCUUGAUAGAAAAUGCAUUAAGCCUGCCUGUCAGUUUGCAAUCAUUUGACAUCAUUUCUAUGUUAGGCCUUCCAAUAAAUGGCUGUAGUAUGUCUAUUUAUUUCUCUGAUCUUUGGUUUCUUUCACCAGUAUUUUAUAGAUUUCAGCAUCAAAAUCCCGUCAACGUUUUGUUUGAUUAACACAUUUCUACUUUUUUCUUUUUUGAAUAAUUGGACAUGUUAUUUUUAACUUGUUUCCAUGUGUUAAUUGCUACUAUAUAGAAAUACAAUAGAUUUUUGAAUGUUGAUCUUGUAUCCUCAGAACUUACUAGUCUCACUUAUUCUAGAGGUAUUCGCAGAUGACUUGGACUUGUCUGUAUAUAUCAUUUCAUUAGUUUCCUAAUGCAGCUUGUUGACGAAAAUUCAAUUAUCUAUCAAUAAGAAAAAAAAAGGGGGAAUUUUAUGCACGCCAAAUUGAGGACUAUAAUCCAGGAAGCAGAUUCUCCGAAAUCUCUGAGAACUGUUCCAGCUGUUAGAGUUCAAGGUACAGUCAUACACAUUUUCGAGACAAAGGAUCGUGCAUCAGAAUGACAUACUGAUACUUGACAUAAAGUUCACCAAGGAUACGUAGUCCAGGUGAGUACAUACAACGUGAGCAGCAAGUCACCAUGACCCCCUACAGAGUUGGGAAAGAACGCUAUUCUUGUAAGAAGUUAAAUUGCUAGUGUCAAAAGAGAGGAAAAAAAUUUGACCUCUCCAGUUGGUUGGGCAGGCACUCCCACCUUUGAGGAGCUGUGGUUAAUGUGUAAUGCAGAUGCACACUGCACAUUUGGGAGGGAGGAGGCCCAAACAGAAUUUUAUGUUAAUUUUUUUCUUGUCUUGCCUUAAAAUAUAAAUUUUAUUUCAUCAGGCGUUAAGAAAUUAUCACAAACUAGGUGGAUUAAAACAAUAAAAUUUAUUCUCUUUCAGUUCAGGUCAGACGUCUAAAAUGGGUAUGUUAACAGAACUGUAACCCUGACAUUCCAGGGAGGAAUUUAUUUCCUUGCACUUUGCAAAUUCUGCAGACUGCUUAUAUGCUUUGCCGCUUCAUCCAUCGUCAAAGUCAGCCAGGUACCAUCUUAAUAUCUUUUUAUCUCCGUCCUUCUUCCACCACAGUAGCAGCUUCUAUGUGGCCAAGUCCAACUGCAUCCUUCUUAUUCAACCCCUUCUGAUUAUACCAUGCUUAUUGGAUGAUCCAGGAUAAUCUCUCAUCUCAAGAUCCUUAACACUUGAAGGUUACAGGGGUGAGGAUGUGGCUGUCCUUUGGUGGCGGGAGGUGAUUGUUCAGCCCACCACCACAAUGAUACCUCCUCCUGAUGGAUACACUGUUAUUAUCUUCUUUCUGUUCUUUAUCACUUCUAUUUCCUUUUAUUCCCUUAUUUCAUUGGCUGUAACUUCUAAUUGCAUGUUGACUAACAGUGGUAAGAGCAGACAUCCUUGUCUUAUCCUCAGUCUCUGUGGGGGAAGCAUUCAGUCUUGCACCAUUAAGAAUGAUGUUUGUUGUAGGUAAGCUUUCUUAGGUGUUCUUUAUUGAGUUGAGGAAAUUUCCCUCUAUUCCUGGUUUUCUGAAAGCUUAAACUGAGUGUUGAAUGUCGUCAAAUGCUUUUUCUGCAUCAAUUGAUAGGAUGCUAUGAUUUUUCCACUGUAAUCUGUUGCUACUGUGAUUUAUGUUGAUUGUGUUUUAAACGUUAAAACAGCCUUGCAUCCCUCGAGUGAACCCCUUUUGGUCAUCGUGUACAGUUCUUUCUAUAUAUUGUUUGUUUGUUUGUUUUAAAUAUUUAUUUAUUUGGCUGUACCAGGUCUUAGUUGCGGCACACAGAAUCUUCAGUUGCAGCAUGUGGGAUCUAGUUCCCUGACUAGGGAUCGAACCUGGGCCCCCUGAAUUGGGAGUUUGGAGUCUUAGCCACUGGACCACCAGGGCAGUCCCUCUUUCUAUAUGUUGCUAAUUUCUAUCACUAGUAUUUUGUAAGAAUUUUUGCUUUUUUUUUUUUUUUUUUUUUUUGCGGUACGCAGGCCUCUCACUGUUGUGGCCUCUCCCGUUGCGGAGCACAGGCUCCGGACGCACAGGCUCAGCGGCCAUGGCUCACGGGCCCAGCCACUCCGCGGCAUGUGGGAUCUUCCCGGACCGGGGCACGAACCCGCGUCCCCUGCACCGGCAGGCGGACUCUCAACCACUGCGCCACCAGGGAAGCCCUGCAUAUUUUUUAUGUGGGAUUUAGUUAGUAGUUAUUGCUUUCUUCAAAUGCCUUUAUUUUUGUUACCAUGGUAAUAGUAGUCUCAGAAAUUGAGUUAAAAAGUAUUCAUGGUCUAUUUUCUGGAAGAAAUUGUAUACAAAUGCUGUUAUUCUUCAUACAUUUGAUAGAAUUGCCUAGUGUCACCAGUUGAGUCUAGCAAUAAGUUUGGGAGGGGCACUUUUUUUGAGGUAAGAACACUUAACAUGAGUACUACCAUGUACAGUAUUGUUAGCUAUAGGUAGUAUGUCAUAUCGUAGAUCUCCAGAACUUAUUUAUCUUGUAUAACUGAAACUUUGUACCCUUUGAACACCAUCUCCCCAUUUCCCUCUCUGCUAAUCCCUGGCAACCAACAUGCUACUCUGAUUCGAUGAGUUUGACUAUUUUAGAUUCCACAUAAAAGUGAGAUCAUACAGUAUUUUUCUCCAUCGGUCUUGUUUCACUUAGCAUUGAGUCCUCCAGGGCUAUCCAUGUUGUUGAACAAUGACAGGAUUUCCUUCUUUGUUAAGACUGAAUAAGAUUGCAUUGCAUGUUUAUAAAACAUUUUCUUUAUCCA